GCUGUCCUAGGCAAACAAUCAGAUUCAUCAAGUGGUUGUGAAGUUGUGGACAUGUCUCUGAACGGAAAUGCAGUGUUCGAAAACCGUGAAUAUUCCUUAUAAUAAAGACCAUUAGAAAAUAAUGGCGGAGAAGUUAUAUGAAUAUCAAGGAUUCAUCGGGAGAUUUCACACAGUGAGAGAACACUUUAGGGAAAAGUAUUUAACCUGGAAGGAAAGUAAUCCCCAAGGAGUAAUCGGUUUUAUAAAAAAGAAAUAUUCUUCUGAAAAGCAUGAUGAAAGAGACCAAGAAGAUUAUUCGCAUAUUUAUAGAAAAAAAACAGGAAAAGAGCUGGUACGGAUCUCAGCAGCAGUUAUGGGUAUAGAGUUCUCUUACGCAGCCGAAACAGCAUUCGUGUCACCAACUCUUCUUAAAAUUGGCGUGAAGCAUAAACAUAUGACCCUCGUAUGGGCCCUAUCACCUCUGAUUGGAUUUUUCUUAACUCCAAUUUUAGGUUCAUUAAGUGAUCGAUGUCACUCUAUGUUUGGAAGAAGAAGGCCUUUCAUUUUCCUAAUGUCCGUUGGUGUACUAAUAGGACUAAUUUUAGUACCUAACGGUGAACAUUUAGGAUAUACAAUGGGAGACAUUAAGCCUCCAAAUAUGAGUUAUCAUCGAAUCUCAUCUCACAGAACUAGUGCAUUGAAGGAAGCUACCAUAUCCCCAAUUCUUCCCAACAAUUCACUUAUAUAUAAUGAUGAUAAUAAUGAGAGCAAUAAUAUGGUUAUAGAUAGAAAGAAUGAUUUCUUGAUACAGUAUAAUAAUUCACAUCCGUGGGGCGUGUUUUUUACAAUACUGGGAACGGUGCUUUUAGACUUUGAUGCUGAUGCUUGCCAAAGUCCAGCUAGAGCUUACCUUUUGGAUGUGACAGUACCAGAUGAUCACGCACGUGGCUUGAGUACCUUCACUGUUAUGGCAGGAUUGGGCGGAUUCUUUGGUUAUGCGUUAGGAGGAAUCAACUGGGAUGUAACGUUUAUAGGGGAACUUCUUGGUGGUCACGUAAGAGCUGUAUUUACUUUGAUAACAUUUAUUUUUGUUAUAUGUGUUGGAUAUACUAUAACAAGUUUUAAGGAAAUUCCCUUGACUCUAUUAGAGCUUAGUGGAGCUAAUUUUCAAAAUUAUUCUUGUUAUGAGAAUGAAGGAAAUAUUGUAGAUACUGAAGAUGAAGGCCAAUCUUAUGGAACUAUAGGAAAUAAUACAAAUGAUAAACUAGACGAAAGGAAGAACCAGUAUUCUCGCAUCGAAGAUUCAAAUGCUUCUUCAACUCAAGAAGGUCCUAGAAAAAGUAUAGUUCCAGAUCCAAAUGCUUCGUUAUUACUUUACUUACAAAGCAUUAUCUACAUGCCCAAUUCAAUAAGAAUACUCUGUUUGACAAAUUUGUUUUGUUGGAUGGCUCAUGUAUGUUAUUCAUUGUAUUUUACAGAUUUUGUUGGAGAAGCUGUUUUCAACGGAGAUCCCACGGCGAUAUCAGGAACAUCUAGAGAAUUAUAUGAGUCAGGAGUACGAUUUGGAUGCUGGGGAAUGUCGAUGUAUUCCUUAUCUUGUGCUUGUUAUUCUACAAAAAUUGAAAAAUUAAUCACAGUUUUUGGUGCAAAAAAAGUGUAUGUAGGUGGGCUGCUUGUAUAUUCAACAGGAAUGUUUCUAAUGGCAAUUACGAAGCACAAAGUUGGUGUAAUUCUAUUCAGUUGGACAGCAGGUGUUAUGUAUUCAACUCUUUUUACAAUGCCAUAUUUGAUUAUUGCUCAUUAUCACGCGAAAAGCACUUUCGAAACCACAACAGAGGGAGAAGUAAAAAUAUCAACGCAAAUUAGAGGCUUAGGUACUGACGUUGCACUUGUAUCGAGUAUGGUAUUUUUGGCGCAAUUUAUUCUCAGUAUGUGUAUGGGUACUAUCGUUUCGGUUAGCGGUACCACAACAGCUGUAGUUGGUGUAGCGAGUAUGCUAGCAUUUUUCGGAGCUAUAUCAGCUACUCAAGUCUUGUAUUUGGAUCUAUAGAUAUACUAUAUUAUAUAUAUAUAUAUAUAUAUAUAUAUAUAUAUAUAUAUAUAUAUAUAUA